UCUACAGUUUCUUUCGAGUUCCCGCAGCGUCAAACGUUUUAUUUGUGCCCUUCCAUCAUAGGCAGUGACUGCGCAUGCGUGGUGAUUCGGCGUGGUUCUGUCGCGAAAAGACGCCAGUACUCCAGAAGCGAAGCGUCGAGGAUCACCGAAGAAAGACACAGUGGACACACGCCUCCUUCCUUUCGUAGCUUCAUCGACGAGGCAAUCCCGAGUACAAGCCGUGAAGGCGCCGCGGGCACUUCAUCUACUAUGGACGAUUACACUACGAUUUCCGACGAGGCCCGGACUUACCCAUGGAACACGCUGAAGGGCCCGACUGACGCCACUUACGUCCAUGAGCUUGCGGACGCGAACGAAAACCGAAGCCCCGCAUACUGGCUUCCUUUGUCCAGCAGCGGCCAUAGUGACGCAAGCUUCAGUACAAGCCACGCAGGCAUGGAGGAAUUAACAGCCAUCUUGGAUGAUGACGCGAGAAUGCCUAAUGGCACCUGGGAUGGCCACCAGAACACGCAGUACUACCCGGCUGACGUCACAUCCACCAUGUUUGGGCAUACAGACAUGACCGGGGAAAGAAGCACCGGUUACUGGCCUCCUGUUUGCAGCCACAGCUGCGAUGACGCAGUGCCCAGUAGAAGCCGCACUAGUAUGGAGGAAGCAUCAGCCAGCUUGGAAAACAAUGGAAGAAUAUCGAGUGGCUCCUGGGGUGGCCAAUGGAACACGCAGUACUACCCGACUGACGUCACAUCCACCAUUUAUGGGCAUACAGACAUGGCGGGAAAAGGAGGCGCCGUUUGCGCCCCUCUGUGUGCAGCAGCGGCGGCGGUGACGCAACACCAAGUACAAAGCGGCGCUGAUAUGGAGGGAGCAUCAGCCAGUUGGGAAAUCAACGGGAGGUAUGCUACCGGAACCGAGGAAAACGAACAGCAAGAGUUAUGCGGUGUCUGCGGCAAGGUUUACACCAGACUGCACGGACACGCUUGCGAGCACUAUGGCGAUGAAUCCUCCAUUUGUGAAGCAUGUUAUCUACCCUACGUAAAGACUCAGAAGUUCGUAAGACAAUGCCUGAAGAGCACAAAAGAAAAAAUGUACAAAUGCGAAACAUGCGGAAAAUCAUUCACGCGGUCGUGGUACCUUAAGGCACACCAGCUCACCCACACAGGCAUAAAACCCUACAUCUGCGAAACAUGUGGUAAAUCAUUCGCUCGGUUGGGCUAUCUUAAUGUCCACAAACGCACGCAUACAGACGUUACUCCCUUCAAAUGCGAGAAAUGCGGAAAAUCAUUCAAGCAGUCGUCGCACCUUAACGCACAUCAACGCACGCACACAAGCGAGAGACCCCAUGUCUGCCCAAAAUGUAUGAAAUCAUUUAAACACAAGCACUCCCUCAAGGAGCAUUUGAACGAGCAUACGGGUGCGAUAGCUUUUGUCUGCGAAAUAUGUAGCAAGUCUUUUUCGUACAGGUCAAGUCUCAGAGUUCAUCGCCUCCGCCACGCGGAUGAAUUGCCGCAUCAGUGUGCCCGCGGCGGCGAUCCUUUAGCAGAGAGAGAAUCUCUCGACGCACAUAUGUGCGAGAUGGUUACGUGCUAUUUUUGUGGCGGUUCCUUUAGACAUGGGAUUCAGCUGGCCACACAUCUCGUGACGCAAAGAUGUGCGUAGCCGUAAAAGUCAGAUUGGUGCGCACAUGUAGUCAAUCGCACGCAACUUUUGGACUGAGACGUGUGAGUGAACACCUGCAGGAAAACAAUGCUGACAUUCUUGCACAGCACUGAGCACCAUACGCUACGCAACGCAUGUGGAAACCAGGUUAUUUCGAACAAAGGCAAACAGGUUAGUGCAGUGCACAACGUAAACGAUGCCAGCUGGGUCUUCCAAAUUACCAGACAAUACGUUUUCGUCGAAAUUAUGUGCCGAAAAAUUUUCAAUACCUCGACCACUGCUCGCCGUUCACAUAAUUGUGUUAGUCGUGAACGUAGCUAUAAGAAACUCACUUAAAGACAAACCUGAGUGGGCUGCAAUUUUAUGUUUUGUGUAACUGCAGCGUUGGAGUUUUUGCAAAACAACCUCGACAGCAGCGUUCAGUUCAGAGAAUUUUCUGUCGGAGUGUUUUUACGUUGUUGUAGUAAGAAACCGUUAUGGUACUACCUUUUUAAUGAUUAUGCAGUGUCAAUAGACGAAAACGUGCAGCUGCGAAGAAUAUUUGAGCCGAUGGAAGGUUUCUAGUUAAAGUCAGUAGUCAGUUAUGUCAUUACGAUGCUGCUCUGGUGCCUUCGAGAAAGUGUUUGUAGUAAUUUCUGCGACAAUAAUUAGGGCAUUGUGUACCGACACCAUGAGUUCAUUGUUUGAAAUUACGAUCAGUGCAUUGAUUUAUUUCGUGAUUGCCAAGACACAUGCUAGGCAGUGUUGGGUCUUUCAUUGAUGCCAACGAAUAUAAUUGCUGAGUGACUGACUGCUGGGCGAGUUGUUAUUGCAAGAUAAAGAAGUGCUAACUAGACGAAUUACGAAAACAAGGCGACAACAGGAUCACUUAUUACAACUGAAUGUUUAUUGAAGAACAUGACAAAAACUUCAGACAGCGGAAAGAACCACUUGCCAAAAGUUAAAAUGAACAGUUAGCAAAGGUGAGUUUAGUGUACCGAAACUGACGGCCUGACUACACACUUAUCGUUUGCAUUUUGGGCAAUGAAAGCUUUGUCGAGUUCACGUGCCUUGUCUUUAUACCGUGCAAUCACCUUUGCAUGAGUCAAGUCUCAACCUAGUCAGUCUACCCAGUCCCUCAGGCGAUGAUUAGGGCAUCGGCCAAUUUGGUUGAUGUAACACUUCCCCCAUAAAAGGAAAACUUAGUAAACGACGCCGUUACCAUACCUUUACAAUCCGUCCCUGUGCUUCGCAUUGCGUGAGUUCCACACAGUAGAACUGUUUGUUCUCUUCUGUCGUCUAUUUAGCACUCCUUUAAUUAUUCACCUUUGUUUAUUAUCCAAAAGUGAGCCCAUGAUAGUAGUGACACUGUGUUAGACCGAUGUCACAUGGUCACUUUGGAUCGCCAUCGAGGUGGAUCUAGAUCGAAAUUCUCGACUGCGACGGGCUCCCUUCCGCAGCGUGCGCAAAUGUGCCAAUCGCAGCCGAGAAAUUCGAUACUGGUCGGGCUCGAUCGCGAUCGAAAGUGCGCCGUGUGGCACCCGUAUUAAAUUCCAGUCGUUUCGACUUUCUUUGCAUCAUAAGCUCACUGACAAGAAAGUUAGUUAUCGUUGUCUUACCUUGGCGAAGCCUUCGUCAGUUUAAGAAGGGCUGCAGUUCUUUAUCUAUUUGGAAGUUGUGCGUUUUUACUCGCACGGCUCUAGUUACAGCCGUAAAAUCCUUUUAUCCUGUUGUGACAAACCUAAUUGUGCGACCAAUGGCAUCUCAUAUGGGAAGUCUUUUAGUUAUAUGUAUGAUUAACCAUAACUUGACGGAACCGUAGUCGAUAAUAAAGAGAACCUUCU